GGGAACCAAUCGAUCAAACGUGAUGUCGUCACAUCCGUAUACUAGCGACGUUGCCUUAGCCUAGCAGAAAAGUGGGCAGCUAGCUCAAAAAUAUUGACCCGUUGAGAUUACACAUAUCUGUGUUUUUUGGAGGGCUUACCUUUAAAUGAGCACGAGUAUUAUCAAUUUUCGGCGAAGAAACGUAUAACUUCGUUUUGUGUUGUGCGGGGGCAGCUCUGUGAGUGUCACUCGUGGGCUACUUGCUAAUAAGCGUCGGCUAACUAUCUUCGUUUAUCACCAUGGCCAGCGCUGCAAACACAAACUUAAACGCAGUCAGGGAAACCAUGGACGGUAAACUAAUAUUUUAUUCAUGCUUUAACUCAAAUGAUGAAACUCAAGGUGUAAUUCUUCAAUGCAAUGUAUUGCUCUAUGAAUUGCAUCUUUGUGUUUUCACCAAAAAGUAAGUCUUUGCAAUGAUGAUCGUGUCUCUCUCGUCUUGUAGUGCUGUUGGAGAUCUCCAGGUUAUUGAACACUGGUUUGGAUAUGGAGUCUCUAUCGAUAUGUGUGAGACUGUGUGAACAGGGCAUCAAUCCUGAGGCUCUAUCAGCGGUCAUCAAAGAGUUGCGGAAAGCUACGGAAACUCUCAAGGUACAUUUUCUCUUUUAUACGAUUAGAAAGAUGGUUUUGAUUACUGUGAUCACAUAUACACAGCCUGUACAGUAAACACUUGGGCAAUCAAAUACAGCAGUUCAACCACAAAUCUUUCUUUCAAGAAGCCUUAAAAUUUUCAGUUAUAAUUGUCAUGAUCAGACAGCUGACUGAUGUACUUAAAGGGAUAUUCCAGUGUAAAAUUAAUUUAGGGUCAAACACACAUAACACCGAGGUAGACACCCCUUCGAGAGAUGAAUGUUGUCCACCACUUACUUCUCUGGUUAUACCAACUUUAGAAACGACCGCAGAGUAGCAAUACACAGCGGUCUGAGGAGCCAUAAACAAACCUCAACCAAAACGCCACUCUAUAGUUGCAAAUAAUGCUCAGAACAGCACCUAACUUCAUCAACAAUGCAUAUAGGGUCCCAGCCAAAGUACUAGCCACCAAAUAUCUUUUUAACUUUGCUUAAUUUCUUCAGCAAAGAGACUAAACACAACUCACCCACUCUCCUCCAGCAGCCGCUUGUUUGUAGAGACCUCGGGCCAGUCCAUUACGGACUGCCGCAGGGUGACACAGCCCAAGGAAGAACAUUUAUGAUCCUUUCUUUAUCAUUUCCUUGAAGUAAUUAUCAUCAUAUUAAUCAAUUUGCACUGCCGCUUUGGUAGUUCUUCUGCCUUAGCGUCUCGGUCUGAUUGCAUUUACAUGAAGAAAUGAUCAUAAAUGUUCUUUCUUGAGCUGCAUCACCCCACUGUAAUCCAUGAUCGACUGGCCCGAGGUCUCGCUACAAAUAAACGGCUGCUGGAAGAGAGUUGGUGAGUUGUUUUUAGUCUCCUCGCCAUAGAAAUUAGGCAAAGUUAAAAAGAUGUUUGGUGGCUAGUGCUGUGGCUGGAACCCUAUAUGUACUGUUGAUGAAGUUAGGUGCUGUUCUGAGCAUUAUUUGUGGCUGUAGAGUGGCUUUUUGGUUGAGUGUGUGGCUCUUUGUAUUGCUAUCUGCAGCUGUACUAAAGUUGGUAUAACUAGAGAAGUAAGCGGUCGGGAACGUUCAUCUCUCAAGGGGGUGUCUAACUCGGUGUUAUGGUGUGUUUGACCCUAACUUAAUUUUAUGCCAAAAUAUCCCUUCAACAUUGAUUAUUGAGGUCGUAAAGGUCGUGGUGGUGCACUGUAGUUUGACAUAUUGAAGGUGUGUCUUAUAUUUUGUUUACUUCAUUAACAAACGUGAGAGGGGCAAAAUACAAGGAACAGAUUUUCAUGUAGAGAUUCUCCUGGUCAUGAAGCAGAUACCAAACAAAACCUAAAAUAAAAAUUUACAUUUUGGGGUAAACAUAAGGGUCAAAAUAACUAUACGUAUUGGAAUAUACUGUAAGAAAGUUGAACGAAGGGGGGGUGGCCUGAAAAAUAAAAUCACUUAGGACAACACAGUGAGCGUACAGGUAGCAGAGAGUGCUCUCACUGCUCUUGGAUUAGUUUAUGAAUCAAUCGAAAUAUAAUCAAAACCUUAACAUCAAAAGUCAGCAAUUUAUUAUUGUGACUUUUCACAAAAUAUCUACACAAUUUUAACCGUCACGGUGUCUAUUCAUUUUCUUCUUCAGGCUUCUGAAAACUGCACUAACUGAGGAUGCCGCCUGUUUUAUUUUGUGGGAUCUUACAUGGGAAAAUCCCAGAUCUGUACUUGUCAUGGAUUAUCCAGCUUAUCAGACAUAUCUGUGCAUUUGCUCAGGGUUCACUGAGCCUUUUUGCAGACUAACUUCUCCCGUUCUGUGCUUUGACUUGUUUGUCUGAGUCUUUGUGUUGAGGCUCAGUCCUCUUCCUCAGUACAACUCCUUUUUGGACACUGGGACAUGUUCAGCCAUUCUGUCAAAGAUUAGCCUUGCUUCGUGUGAGUUCAGAAUGGCCAAGCGUGGACAUAACUCCUCAAAUGAACAGCCAACUUCUGUUUGCCUAUUCUCAUCUUACAGAGCAGUUUUCAUGAGGACUUUUUUAAGUGCUAUUUUGUAAAAUCCAUUAUUUAUUGUUGUUGUGUGUAUUUCUUUUUUUCAAAUACAAUGCUUUUGUCAAACAACCCCCAAAGCUGUUCCAUUUUCUAUGUAACCAUCAAUGAUGGACUAAAGCCUAAAUAAAAAUGUUGCAGUGGAUGGCCACUAGGUGGUGU